UAAGCAAUAGAUCCUAAAGUAAGAGAUUAGAGUUUACCAAACAUUUAGAUUCUGUUAUUCACCCACGAUCAUGUUUUCCUCACCUUCAAGGAUGGUGAUUAUUUUCCUGUGGUUUCUAUGUGCGAUCACGGUCAACUUGGGUAUGAGCCACGAGACGAACAAUAACAUGACUAUUCGUUGCAAUAGAAAAGAUCAAGACCUCCUUUCAAUGUUUAAGCAAAGCAUUAAGGAUCCCUCAAAUAUGCUAUCAUCUUGGUCCAUUGAAAAAGAUUGCUGCAAUUGGAAAGGUGUUAAGUGUACCAACAUCAGUGGAAGAGUUACAGAACUACACCUUCAUUGUUUUGAUUUUAUCUACUCGGAUGAGUAUGGUGAUGAAACACUCCCUAUCAAAUGUUUAGGAGGUAAGAUCAACUUCUCUCUCUUGAAACUUGAUUUCCUAACCUUCUUAGACUUGAGUCAGAAUGACUUCCAAGCUAUCCAUUUUGAAUCUGUCCUUGGAUAUACAAAAAGUCAGAGAUCUCAUAAAUUGCCACCUAAAGCCUCCUCCUCCUCAACAAAUUUUUCUAGUCUGGUUCACCUGGAUUUAUCAAACAAUUAUAACCUCCACAUGGACAAUCUUAGAUGGCUUCCACGUUUUUCUUCUCUGAAAUAUCUAGACUUGAGUUCAAUAAAUCUCUCCAACGAAACUCUCUGGCUUCAAUCGAUGGUUAUGCUCCCUUCACUCAUGGAGUUAAGGCUGGAAAUAUGUCAACUCAAUGGGAUCAAUCCGUCUAUUGGGUAUGUCAAUUUUACUUCACUUGCGGUACUUGAUAUUUCCAUGAACAGUUUUCAUUCUGAGAUACCAAAUUGGCUGUUCAAUCUCGGAAGUGGAAUUUCUGAUUUGGACCUUAGCUAUAAUUCUCUGAGAGGCCAAAUACCUGCAACAAUGUUGAAUUUCCAGCAUUUGAAGUCCUUGCGUUUGGGCUAUAAUAAGCUAAAUGGAACUAUUCCAGUGUGGAUGGGACAAUUCAAAAAUUUAGAGAAUCUUGAUCUCUCUAACAAUUUUUUAUCUGGUCCCCUUCCAGCCACCAUCGGAAAUAUAUCAUCACUGACAUAUUUAGAUAUUGGAGAUAAUAACUUAAAUGGCAGUCUUCCAAGAACUCUUGGGCAACUAUCCAAAUUGGAGGCUUUAUUGAUUGGGCAUAAUUCCAGGUCAGGCAACCUGUCAGAGAAAAGUUUUACAAAACUUUCAAGCUUGAAGCGUUUGAGACUUGAAUCAACUGCUUUUAUUUUUAAUUUUGGCACCCAUUGGAAGCCUCUUUUCCAGCUUGAAGAGAUUAGUAUGAGCAAGUGCAAGUUAGGCCCAGGGUUUCCUUCAUGGUUGUACACACAAAGACCCUUGUUUUAUUUGGAUCUUUCAAGUUCGGGACUUUCAUUCAAUGUUGAGGACAAGUUUCAGAGCUUUAUAACACAGCUUUUGUAUCUCUUUUUAUCCAACAACUCAAUCACUGGGGAUAUUUCUACCACAUUGUUUACUGGCACAUCAAUUGAUUUAAGCUACAAUAACUUCACAGGCUGGUUGCCACGUUUGUCUGCUCAAGUCUCCUUCUUCAACAUAGCUAACAACAGUUUCUCAGGACCUAUUUAUCCUUUGAUGUGCCAUAAUAUGAUUGGGAGACAAAACUUAGAAGUUUUGGACAUGUCACAUAAUCUUUUAUCUGGAGAAUUACCUGAUUGUUGGAUGCAUUGGCAAUCUCUGUUUCAAGUGAACUUGGAGGGUAAUGAUUUAAGUGGUGAAAUUCCUGACUCAAUGGGUUGGCUGGUCAAACUUGAGACCCUACGUCUUCGUAACAACUCUUUAUCGGGAAAUAUACCUUCUUCAUUUAAAAACUGCAAAAAAUUGUGGUUCCUUGAUUUAUCAUUCAAUGAGUUUACAGGAGAUAUAUUGCAGUUGAUUGGGUCAUUGAAUAUGGCUCUCCUACUACGAUCAAAUAAAUUUAAUGGCAAUAUUCCAUCACAGAUAUGUCAGCUUUCCAAUCUUCUAGUGUUAGACAUCGCAAAUAAUAGACUUUCUGGACCAAUACCAAAGUGUCUAUUUAAUAUCACGACAAUGGUAACUAAUACACUUGAUGUGAACUUGUUCUACCAACACUAUUAUCGGAUGGGAGAGACUCCAUUGUCAGUGGCAUCCUACCAGGAGGGACUACCUUUGUUUGUGAAGGGCCUAGACUUGGAUUAUUGGAACUCAUUUGAAUAUGUUCGCAUUGUUGACCUAUCAAGUAAUAACCUUUCAGGACAAAUUCCACAAGAACUAUUUAGGCUCAUCGCCUUGCAAUCUCUAAACUUGUCCUGUAAUCAUUUGGUGGGAAAUAUACCAAGUAACAUUGGACAAAUGAAGUUUUUGGAAUCUUUGGACCUUUCAAGAAACCUGCUCUCAGGAGAAAUCCCUCAAAGCAUGUCAAAUUUAUCUUUCUUGAGUCGCUUGAAUCUAUCAUACAAUAAUUUUGAUGGAAGAAUUCCCCUCAGCACACAACUGCAGAGUUUCGAGGAAUCAAGUUACAUUGGUAAUCCAGAACUUUGUGGACCUCCUCUUCCAAAAAACUGUGCACAAGAAAAGAAGCCAAAUGACUUUAUGGAAGUGUCCAAAGAUGGUGAUUUUAACUCUAGUUUCAGAACUGGAGUUGGAGUUGGACUUGCGUCUGCUUUUUGGGGGGUUUUCGGCACCCUUCUCUUCAUCAGGAAAUGGAGACAUGCUUAUUUCCGCUUUCUUGACAGCCUUUACGUCAUUAUUGUCGUAAAUAUCAACCACUUUCGCAAUGAAGGUCUUUAAGAUGCAUAUGUAAGUUUUACAAACACAUUCUUAAAUAUGGUUUAGUUCUUUUCUUGUAAAUUUUACACAUCUUUCAGGUAAAUGUCAAACUACUAUCCAUCAAAAUAUAACUUUUGUCAUCUAGUUAUCGAAAAAUCAACUGGGUCUGGGAAGUACUAAUCUUAUUUAGUGACUGGCACUAACUUCACUUUACCUGGUCUCAUAAUAUAUGUCUAUAAUAGCGUUGUUGUCCAAAAAUUUACAUCUUUGGAGGUCUCCAUCUUCAUUUCUUCAUUAUAAGACAACAUCUGGUUGGGUAACAUUCAA